UGACCAGAAUAAAAACAGCAACACCAGACACAGGAGAGAAAAAAGAGCAAUGAUCCAUCGAACCGAAGGCUUUGCCCUUUCUUAAUUACGUCGUGUCCAGCGUCUUUUCCUCCCCCCCUCCACCCCAAACUUUUUUUUUCCCUUUUUUUUUCUCUUUUUUUUUCAAGACUUUGUGAAGUGGUAAUUAGCUCUCUGAGAAUAAAACCAGCUGAUUUGGAUCGGGCUAGUGCAUUUCGAGGAGAGAUGGCUAACGGAACGGUCAUGGCACUCCUUCUCAGCUUCCUGCUCCUCGCGCUGCUGCAGCCUUCCCUGCAGGGAGGAGUGUAUGUACCUGCGGGGGCAGGAGCUGGAGGGGUUCCAGGUGGAGGUGCGGUACCAGGUGCUGGAUAUUACCCAGGUGCUGGAGGGGUUCCAUACAAACCGGCCAAAGCUGGAGCAGGUGGACUCGGUGGUGGAGGCCUUGGCGCUGGUGGACUCGGUACUGGAUUAGGCGGAGGAGGUCUAGGAGCUGGUGCUGGUGGGAAGCCUCCUAAACCAGGUUAUGGGAGCUUGGGUGCAGGUGGUCUGGGUGCAGGUGGCCUAGGUGCUGGAGGACUGAGACCUGGAGCUGGUUAUGGUGGAUACGGUGGUGGAUACUACCCUGGAGCCGGAGGACUGAAACCUGCAAAAACAGGUCUUGGUGUUGGACUAGGAGGGGGCGGACUCCCUGGUGGUGGCUAUCAGCCAGGCCUUGGUGUUGGUGCUGGAGGAAAAGGCCUUAAGCCUGGAAAAGGAGUGCCAGGUACUGGAGGGACUGCCCUAGGACCCGGUGCUGGUGGUGGACUCCCAGGAGGAGGUCCAGUUAUUCCUCAGACUGGAUUACCAGGUGUGGGCCCUGGGGGAAAAGCUGCAAAGCCUGGAAAGGCAGGAAAGGCACCAGUGCCAGGUGUCGGUGUCCCUGGAGCUUUUCAAGGACUUGUACCUGGACAAGGAUAUGGUGGCCAGGGAGUGCUUCCAGGUGUAGCAACAGGAACUGGACUUAAACCCAAAUCAGGCACAGGUGGUACUGGUGGAGGUCAGAUGCAGCCUGGAGUUUUUCAUGGAUACCCUCUUAAAUCUCCUAAAGCUCCAGGUGGUUCUCCAUAUGCUGGUGGAAAGGUUCCAUACGGUUAUGGUGGUUUUGGCAAAACCGGAGCUGGCACUAAGCCAGGCUACCCCACUGGCACUGGUGUGGGAACAUUGGGUGUUUCAGCUGCACAGGCCAAAGCUGCUAAGUAUGGUGCUGGAGCUGGUUUAGGUGGGGUUGGAGGUGUGCAAGGAGCUGGUGGACUUUACCCUGGUGUUGGAGAACCGAACCCACCUGGCAUAUGCGGGGUUGGAUAUGUUCCAGGAGCUGGUGGAGUUUACCCUGGUGCUGGAGGGGUCGGUGGUCUAACACCAGCUCAGGCCAAGGCAGCUAAAUACGGUGCUGGAGCUGGUUUAGGUGGUGUGGGUGGUGUACCAGGAGCUGGUGUAGGUGGUGUCCCAGGAGGGAUCGGUGGUCUAACACCAGCUCAGGCCAAAGCAGCUAAAUACGGUGCUGGAGCUGGUUUAGGUGGUGCUGGUGGUGUACCUGGAGCUGGUUUCGGUGGUGUUCCAAGAGCUGGGGGACCUUACCCUGGAGUAGGAGGGAUCGGUGGUCUAACACCAGCUCAGGCCAAGGCAGCUAAAUAUGGUGCUGGAGCUGGUUUAGGUGGAGCUGGUUUAGGUGGUGCUGGUGGUGUACCAGGAGCUGGAGUACCUUACCCUGGAGCAGGAGGACUCGGUGGUCUAACACCAGCUCAGGCCAAGGCAGCUAAAUACGGUGCAGGAGCUGGUUUAGGUGGUGUACCAGGAGCUGGUUUAGGUGGUGCUGGUGGUGUUCCAAGAGCUGGAGUACCUUACCCUGGAGCAGGAGGGAUCGGUGGUCUAACACCAGCUCAGGCCAAGGCAGCUAAAUAUGGUGCUGGAGCUGGUUUAGGUGGUGCUGGUGGUGUUCCAGGAGCUGGAGGACUUUACCCUGGAGCAGGAGGGAUCGGUGGUCUAACACCAGCUCAGGCCAAGGCAGCUAAAUAUGGUGCUGGAGCUGGUUUAGGUGGUGCUGGUGGUGUUCCAGGAGCUGGAGGGUUUUACCCUGGAGCAGGAGUAGGUACAGGAGGACUCAGCCCUGCUCAGGCCAAAGCUGCUAAAUAUGGUGCUGGAGCUGGUUUAGGUGGUGCUGGUGGUGUACCAGGAGCUGGUUUAGGUGGUGUACCAGGAGCUGGAGCAACUUACCCUGGAGCAGGAGUAGGUACAGGAGGACUUACCGCUGCUCAGGCCAAAGCUGCUAAAUAUGGUGCUGGAGCUGGAUUAGGUGGAACAGGCCUAGGUGGUCCAGGUGCAGUACCAGGAGUUGGACAGUACCCAGGAACAGGAGGUACAGGGGUUCUGACACCUGCUCAGGCCAAAGCAGCGAAAUAUGGUGCGCUACCAGGUGCUGGCCGGGUACCAGGUGCUGGUGGAUUUGUACCUGGUACAGGAGGUCUCACACCAGCUCAGGCAAAAGCAGCAAAAUAUGGUGCUGGUGCUGGUGCUGGUUUGGGUGGUCUUGGUGUACCGGGUGCUGGAGGGCUUUACCCUGGAGCAGGAGGUGCAGGGGGUCUUACAGCUGCUCAAGCCAAAGCUGCUAAAUAUGGUGCUGGAACUGGACUGGGUGGUGCUGGAACUGGACUGGGUGGUGCUGGAACUGGACUGGGUGGUGCAGGUGGUGUACCUGGAUUAGGAGGAGCAGCCGGUUACGCUGCUGCAAAGGCUGCAAAAUAUGGUGUUCCUGGCACUGGAGUAAAUGGAGUACCAGGACUUGUACCAGGAGCUCGUCCAGGAUUUCUGCCCGGAUUUGUGCCAGGAGCUGUGCCAGGGGCUGUGCCAGGAGCAUAUCCAGGAGGAGUUAAACCACCCAAAUAUGGUGUACCUGGGGCAGGUGGAAUUCCAGGCAUUGGAAGCCUCGGUGGAGGACCAGGAGUUGUGCCAGGGGCUGGAGGAUAUCCUGCUGGUGCUAAGGCACUUAAAUAUGGUCCUGGUGGUUAUGGGGUUCCAGGGGCAGUUCCUGGAGCAGGACUACCAAUAGCUGGAGCAUAUCCUGGUGGGGUUAAGCCUCCUAAAGGUGUGCCUAGCACUGGUGUCGCUGGAACUGGCGUCGCUGGAACUGGUGUAGCUGGAACGGGCGUUGCUGGGACUGGCGUGACUGGAACGGGCGUUGCAGUUCCUGGAGCGACCCCUGGUGUGCCAGUCGGGGUUGGGAUUGCUGUUCCAGGUGGAACCGGUGUGCCUUUGGUACCUGGGAAGCCACCCAAGGAUGGAGGUCUGUUCCCUGGUGGGACUGCUGGCCCAGGACCGACGGCUAGCGUUGCAAAUGGCACGGCCCCUGAGUCCAGUGCGACUGGGAUAGCUCCAGGAGCUGUGCAACCUGGUGUUGGUGCUGGUGUUCUCCUCCCUAGUGCUGGGACAGGAGUUGGUGGUACAGGAGUAGCAGCGCCUUCUGGUGUUAGGUUCUCAUUAAACUCUAUAUUCUCUACACUCUAAAGAAUAAUUCAGUUAUUUUCUAUUUUCUAUGAUCUGUAUCUGCCCAAAUAUCUUCAAUUCUGUUGGCACAGCUGAAGCAACUUCCAUUAUAAGAACUAAUAAAAGUGCAUUUUUAGUGAAUUCAUUUGAGUUUUCAGUUGCUACUCUAAUAAAACGUAUAUUUUGUCCCUGCUAAUUAAUUACAAGAGUCAUGUACAUUACAUACAGAGAGAUGUGGCCAAAAAAAAAACAGUAAUUCAGACUAUUUAGUUCAGUACUGAUAAUGCUAUUUAUUUAUUUAUUUUCAUUUUUUGUCUUUUACAGUCCAGCCUGGUGCGAUUGCUAAACCUCCUAAGACUGGUGGAGUGGGUACUGGUGUUGGUGGUGCUAUCCCCUAUGCUGGCUAUGGUCCAUAUGGUGGUGUUGCACAACCAGGGGCCGGCACUGGAGUUCUGCCAGGAGCCAAGCCGCUUAAAGCUCCAGGUGUAGCAGGACCUGGCACCGUUGCUGGAGGAGGAAUUGUGAGGUAUCCUACAGAUCUUGGCACUGGAGGUGGUGGUAAAGCACCCAAACCAGGUUAUGGAUCUUUGGGCACAGGAUAUCAACCAGGUGGUUUUGUACCAGGAGGUUAUGGAGGGCUCCCACAGGCGUAUCCAGGAGGCUAUGGAGCAGGGUUGACGCCACAGCAAGCUAAAGCAGCCAAAUAUGGAGCACUGGGGGGAUUCCUGGGCGGAGGCUACAGAGGUGGUGCAGGGUGCCAGGGCAAAUACUGCGGCAGGAGGAGAAAAUGAGCGAUCUCUUGAGAUGUGAAGUGACCUCAAGAAACAAUGGUGCUACUGCAUGAUCUAGAAUGUACAUUUGAUAUACAAAGAACAACCCAUCAUGUACAAAUGUGUUUUAUAUAUCUACAGAAAAAAUAUUUUUAUUAACAAAUUGGAAAGGAAAGCCCAGUGAGAGAGAAAGAAAGGCAAGUGCCGUGUUACGUAGAUCAGAAAUGCAGUCGUUCAUGUGACACAUGCCAACAUGUUGCUGUUUGUUUUUUGUUAGUUUUUUUUAUUGUUUUUUUUUUUUUUUUUUUGUAGAUUUGGUCACCAAAUGGGCAAACUGGCAACUAGGAAGGUUCAUUAGCUUUAUAGUUUAUUGUACAAUUGUGAAAUGUAGGGCACCUAUUUUUAAUUUCCUCAAGAUUUUGAUCCAAAGGUCUAAAGCCGCGCAGCUUUAGGUGGUGAUAGUCAGCAGACCAAAGUGUAUCAUAGAUGUGGUUUGCUAUUUUUUGCUUUUGACACAACUUUUUAUUCUAGGUGAUGUUAUUGGUCUUGCCUAAAUUAAAAAUAGGGUCUGUUACAGUGCACCUCUGUGGAUACCCACUCUGCCUUACGAGUGCUGUGGAGUUCUGCUCCAAGAGACCUGUCAUAAUGCUAACAAACUGGCCUUUAAAUAGCAAAAUAUGGCUUCUUAUGCUGGCUUUGAUGCUGUUGAGGAACUUAAAAGAGAAGUGCUGUUCUAUCUAGUCCCCCCCCCCCCCCCCCCAAAAAAAAACUCCCUCAGAUUAGACAGAAAAGACCAGUGUCUAAAUACUUUAUUCACAUUUGUAAUGGGAUUACUUUAAUUAUUACAUCCAGGAGAAAGUAAUGUCACAGCUGAUUAUGUUAAUUCUAUGUUAUUCUGUCUUUUACAAAGCUGUACUGGAACUGGAAAAUGCAGAAUAAAAUCCAAAGAGUAGCUAAACAUCAAUUAAAAGGCAAAUAAACAGCGGAUGCUGAUGUUCACCCCUGGUCAAAUUUCAUGUAUUGGUUUUCUAAGUGAACAUAAAAAGAGAAUCUUCUUCUACGUCUGCACAUUCUAAAGCAUUAAUUAUUGUUUUGUUUUGUAUUUUAAAGUAUAAAUAUAGCAUGUACAAAAGUAUUACCAUAUUAUUCAAUGUUUAAUUUUGUUAAAUUGUGAGAAAAAAAAUCACAGUUUUGCUUUAAAAGGUGCAAAAUAGAAUCAAUACUCUUAUAUUCGCAAGGUAGGUUGAUCAGGGGCCCCAAACAUUGACAUAAAUCUAAAUAUAAAGCAAAUUUAGGUUUUAUAUCAUGCAGACUUAAUGCUAUUCUUGCUGAGAUUUAAACUGUAAUGAGAUUUAAACCUAUGCCUACAAAGAGCAGGUCAUAAUAUUUGCAUAUAUCUUGGCCAUUAAACCCCAAUUCUGAGUGAGUUAGACCCAAAACAUAUUUUAUGCAAGGAUGCAAACACAAACUUGGGUGUUGUAAGUAGCUGCAUUAAAACUUCCAUUGGCGUCCUUAUUCCAGUCAAUGUGAUGGCGGAAAUCCUUUUCUGUUUAUGGACGCUAUGAUUUGUCUUCUAGUGCUUCUAGUUUGUAAAGCAGGGUAAUGUUGGUUGGGGAUUAGCAUUUGCAUUCUUGCAUGAAGUAUGUUUUAGGCCUUGGACCCUAAAACGCAAAUAUGUGAACGCUAACGAUUUGAGAGUUUUGUGGAUAGUUGUGUUAUUGUUGGCUGGACAUUGGCCAAGGAUUGGCGUUGCAUUCUCAUCUUUGGACAAAGAAUGUUUAAAGCCUUAUUUAUAUGGCCUGGUGACAUGACAGUGGUCCCCCUGCCUCAUCACCUUCAUUCAUUCCUGUUCGUUUGGUUAAAUAUGAAGAGCUGCUCUGCUGCUCUGAUUAUGCUGACAGCGUGCAAAAGUGAAUGGCAGAGUUGAAGGUUAUCCCAGAAUAAAGGUGCUGAUCUUUUAUUUUCUAUAUCAGUAAAAAAAAAAAAAAACAGUCAGAAUUAACAGUGCUGACUCGUACAAUAAGCUCAUUUUGAACCUGACCAAAAAAAACUCUAAAUAAAGCUUAAGAUGUUCCCUAAAGUCAGGGACGCAGUGCUUAUUUUACUAAACUCGAACCAAAGCGUGUUUUUUUUUACCAUUUGAAUGAGUUCUUAUAUAUCAUAUGCAUACCGUAUGUUGUAACUUUAAACAACAUGUUUUAACAGUUUGCUUUGUUGUAUUUUCUUUUGUUUUUGCACCAUUCAAACUUGACUUUUAUUUUGACAUUAUUACCAAGUCUGUACACAUGAUAUGAAAGUAACUAAGUAUUUUUUUUAUUUUUUUUGCUUUCAGUAGCUUACGCAUUUUAGUCACUGUGGAAAUUUGUAAUACUGUAUAAGAUGUUUUUUUAAGAUGUGAGCUGUUUUUUCAUGGAAUAAGAGAGCUUGCCUGUAUGUACGUGUGUAUGUCUCUGUGUGAAUGUGUGUGUGUGUGUUUUUUGGGUGUGUUUUACCCCUUUAGCUGAUGUGUGUUGUAUGUUUUUUUGUAUGUAUGAGUGUAUUUGUAUGUAAUUGACUGAGCUUCUCUUAGUAAGCCUCACUAGUCUUUGUAUUACCUAUCAAAUAUUAAACUGAUUUGUCCUCAGUUAGUCAUUUCCACCACGUCGGUAAACUGUACUGUUUCCAGUUCAUCUGAAAACGACACUUUAACUCUGUCCAACCUGGUGCUGUAUUUGAACUGCUUGUGAGCCUGACCAGGUCUUGCAAUGUCUGUUGUGCCGUGGGAUUUCCAUCUUAUUUAAUAGACGGGGUGGGGGUACUGCACUUUUUCCACAAAGCACAUUCGACUUGUUUCCCCGGAGAAACCCGGCUUUUUAACUGCUUCAGUGAAAAAAACAAUAAAACAUUUCUAAAAAGAA